AUGGCGACUAUACUGUUUGUGGGCGUUUCUCCCUUGAAGAUUUGCAUCGCUCAGAGACUCACUAAUCGAAAAAUAUUCACCAAAAAAGCACCACCAAUCCCGAAGGAGGAAACUUUCAAGGGCUACUGGAACCCUGCACACAACAAGGUUAUCGGUAUGCCAUUUCGAGGUCCUGUCCAAGGAAAUCAUAUCCUUUCCAAUUUCAUCAAGUACAAGAUGAAGCAUGGCCAGCAAGCCCUGCCUCUUGUCUCGGAAGGCGAUACACCCAUGUGUAUGAAUGAAGAUGACACCGACAAUACAACUGAAGCUGCCAGUUUACCUCUCUACUGCGAAGCCUUUAAACUCAUUAUCAUGACGAACACAGCAGGCGCCCGUCAAUCUAAGCGAUUAAGGCUAGAUCUAGAAGAGUUCAUCUUCCCUGACGAUGACACAUUUGACAUGCUGUUCGCAACAGCAUGCAGAACCCACAGGUAUCCACCGCCGAAGCAAGACGUCAAAACUAUUGUGAAAGAUUUACGGGCCUAUUUUAACUUUCCCGUGGGAAAAGUUAUCACCUACGAACUCAAUGUCGCAUGCCCACACUCUUACGACGCCAUGCGGUCGAAAUUACAUUCCGAGAGACGAUUCACAGACUUUAAAGAUGAUGCAGUCAUAGGUGCCGUGGAUAUGCGAGACGCAUAUAUGACCAUGAGCGACAAUGCCAAGUACUUCAAUGAUACAUCUACUACAUCUACUACAUCUGCUACAUCUGCUACAUCUGCUACAUCUGCUACAUCUGCUACAUCUGCUACAUCUACUACAUCUACUGAUGCUACUGAUGCUACCUUCCUUGCUACUGUCUCUCGUAUCGCUGCUUUAGCUACAAUGGCCACUUCCACUGAGAAAUACUAGUU